AAUACGAGCCGUAGAGAAUAAAGUUUAAAGGGCUAAUUUUGUUUUAGGUGAUAACUGCCACACAUACAACUAAUAUGGGUUUCAUAGAAGAUACCCUCAUUAUUCUUGUAACACAGGUGUUUUUCUUCGUAGGUGGCUGGGUAUUUUUUGUCAAGAAGCUGUUUCGUGACUAUGAGGUCCAUCAUAGAUUAGUUCAGCUAAUAUUUUCAGUCACCUUUUCAUUAUCAUGCACCAUGUUCGAACUUAUAAUUUUUGAGAUUCUUGGUGUAUUGGAUUCAAGUUCUCGUUAUUUCCACUGGAACCUGGUGCUGUAUGUGAUGCUUUUUAUGGUAAUUGUGCUCAUUCCAUUCUACAUAGGGUACUUCAUAGUAAGCAACAUAAGGAUUGUGAGACUGCAGAUGAUACGGCCAUUGACCAUUUUGAUCUGGCUAGUCUAUAUCUACCUAUUCUGGAAAGUCGGUGAUCCAUUCCCCAUAUUGAGCCCCAAGCAGGGGAUCUUGUCCAUUGAGCAAGGCAUCAGCCGCAUAGGAGUCAUUGGUGUCACUGUUAUGGCUCUUCUUUCAGGCUUUGGUGCUGUUAAUUACCCCUACACAUCCAUGGCUUAUUUCAUGAGGCCUGUUAUGCCAUCUGAUAUUCAGGCAAUCGAGAAGCGAUUGAUGCAGACUAUGGACAUGAUCCUUGUGAAGAAGAAACGCAUAGCUUUAGCCAAGAAAGGCUCAGUUGUAAAUGGACCACAAAAUACCCAGGGCAGUUCUGGGAUUUGGGGAAUGUUGAAGACAGUCACAACAUCUGUCAGCAAAGGGACUGGGGAAAAUAUUUGGCAGCUGAAGCAGGAGAUUGCGGCACUGGAGGAAUUGAGCCGGCAGCUGUUUCUGGAAGCACAUGAUAUGCACAUUAUGCAGGAACGAUUGCAGUGGGCCUCAACUUUUCAGGGGAAAUACUUCAACUUUCUGGGCUACUUUUUCUCUCUCUACUGCAUGUGGAAGAUUUGCAUAUCAACCAUCAACAUCGUUUUUGAUCGUGUGGGAAAGAAAGAUCCAGUUACACGAGGUAUGGAAAUAGCAGUUCACUGGGUUGGAAUCAAUAUUGAUGUAACAUUUUGGUCUCAACACAUAUCCUUCUUUUUGGUGGGCUGCAUUGUGGUCACCUCCAUCCGAGGGCUUCUGCUUACUCUCACCAAGUUCUUCUAUGCCAUUUCGAGCAGUAAGUCAUCAGACAUCAUUGUGCUUGUUUUGGCACAAAUUAUGGGAAUGUACUUUGUGUCAUCAGUCUUGCUGAUGAGGAUGAACAUGCCAGCAGAGUACCGAACCAUUAUCACCCAAGUGUUGGGGGAACUCCAGUUUAAUUUCUACCAUCGCUGGUUUGAUGUUAUCUUUCUUGUGAGUGCCCUGUCAUCAAUUGGUUUCCUGUACUUGGCACACAAACAAGGACCGGGAGAGGCUGGAUAGCCAGAACCGCAGCUGUCAGCUUGUAUUUAAAUCUUGUUCAGAGAUAAUAAGACAAGAUACUGGGUCAGAUCAAGAAUUUCUGGAACUUCUGGUAUAGGGAAGGUCAAAAUUAUGAAUCCCUUCAAAGUAGUCACCCUCUGAAGAAAGCAGUCUUCUGGGAUUUGGCACCAUGUAUAUGUGGUGUUAACCGACGUUUCGGAGGAACAUAUCG